AUGUCAGAUACUGCACCUUUCACGGUUCCGGACGGGUACUACCCACCCUUCGCCAUCAUCAGCGAUUCCGACCAUGGCGGCUGGAUAAUCAUAGCGACUAGCCUCGGACUGGCAAUGGCCCUGCUUUCGACAAUCAUCCGGAUCUAUGUGAAAUCAAUAUUACGUCAACAGCUCAGCUUGGACGAUAUAUUACUAGCCGGCGCGACGCUAUUCGCUUGGCUCACGGAGACCAUUAUCCUGCAAGCAUGUGCUCGAGGACUCGGACGACAGGUCAAUCUAUUAUCUCCAGCAUCUCUCCGCCAUGUCGAGAAAUCAUUCUAUAGCAGCCAGCUACUCACGAUCGUUGCGCUGGGCUUUUGCAAAUGCUCCGUGGCCUGCUUCAUCAUACGACUGACUCCCAAGACUAGUAUGAAGAGGAUCAUGCAAGGUAUACUCGUAUGCUCAGUCGCCUGGACCGUCGCAUCGAUCUUCGCGCUUGCUUUGCAGUGUGAUCUAGCGUCUCCAUGGUCGUACGCAAGUGGAUCGUGCAACGGAGUCUGGCAGCGGGUGCUCUCGAUCGGGAUUGUCGACAUCAUCUUGGAACUGGCGCUGUUUAUUGCAGCGAUCCUUCUAGUGUCAAGUUUACACACGGCACUACACAAGAAAGCCAUAGUCGUCCUUGCUUUUGGUAUGCGACUGCCAAUCGUUGGAUUCAUCGCGGCGCGCCUGGCCACUUUCGAUCGAACCGACUUGACCAACUUUGCGCUGUCUGAGAGCCUUUACAUUGUCUGGACCGUCACCCAGAUCAAUUACUCACUCGUCUCCACCACACUACCUAUCUUGCGGCCUUUCAUCAAAGACCUGGCUACCUUCUACGGCGCAAUGCGGCCCAGCGAGUACAGCGGCAACACUCGUUCGCGCUCAUACCCCUUGUCAAGCCUCAAAUCGAAACACUCAAACCCACCGAAUGGAAGCGCCGGAGCCCCACGGCAACAAUCCAUUGCGAAGGAUAGACUCGACACGUUCGACUUUGCUGUGUCACGAUAUCCGGCUGUUGCAACGUCUACACAUUGCGAAGCUGAAGUCCAAGGCCGACCUUCACGACCCUCGGAGGAGCCGGAGAUGAGCACGCAUAGUUUGGGGAGUGACGACUCGCAAAGGAUGAUAAUACAGGUGCAGAACCAAGUCACUGUAGAAUCCAGAGACGUUAGGCUGUAG